AUGCCGAGCCAGGGCAGUCAGGCCGGGGCAGCGGCCACCUCAGAUGGAGGAGCUGGUGGAGGACGCCAGCUGCAGUCGUUCUCCUCCUUCCUCCCGGGCCUGACCAUGCCCGCCGGCACACACCACGCGGCCGCGGCCGCGGCGUCUGAGCUGGGGGACUUGACUGACAGGGAGGUGGAGCAGGCUUACGUGCAGGCGGAGGAGGAGCGCCUGCAGGCCCACAGCCACAGCCUGCUGACUGACAUGCUGUCCAUAGAGAGCGUCCUCAUGGAUGCGGCCUCAGCCGUGGUGGACGACUCAUUCAAUAAGUGCUUCACCAGCUCCCCCUCUGACAACUGGAACUGGAACCUCUACCUCUUCCCGAUGUGGCUGCUGGGCGUCUUUUUCCGCUACGCCAUCCUGUUCCCCCUCCGCCUGGCGGGCCUGAUGGGCACGUUUGGCGUCUUCUUCGCGCUCUUCUUCAGCGUCAAGGCCUUCUGGCCGGCCGGGCGCAACAAGCUCGCGCUGGAGCAGCGGCUGAUCAGGUUCAUGUGCGGCGGGUUCGUGGCGUCGUGGACGGGGGUCAUCCGCUUCCACGGGCCGCGGCCGACGCGCGGGCCGGGCAGGGUGUGGGUUGCCAACCACACGUCGAUGAUCGAUUACAUAAUCCUGUCCAGCUACAGCGCGUUUGCCGUCAUCAUGCAGCUGCAUGGCGGCUGGGUGGGGUUCCUGCAGACGAAGUGCCUCGACUCCCUGGGCUGCCUCUGGUUCAACAGGACGGAGGUGAAGGACCGUCACCUGGUGGCGCAGCGCAUGCGCGCGCACAUCCACGCGGACGCCACGCCCCUGCUCAUCUUCCCAGAGGGCACGUGA